CUGCGGAGACCAGCUGCAUGACUGCCAGGCCCACUCGAAGCCGGGCUUUUGUUGCCCGCCCAUGAAAGUUUGCUAUGAGACGGAAUGGUCACCUUCGGGAAUAUACUGCUGCGCCGACUCGGACGAUUGUACCGCCUCGGAAGAUCAGGUUCCGCAAUGUGUCGCAAACACAACGCAGUGCGACAGAAAACUUGGCGGCGGAUGCUGCGCCGAGGGCACGACGUGUUCUCCGGAGGGGUGCCUCAUCAAGGUGGACUGGUCAACAAGUUUUGCGGGACAAAUAGUUGGCCAAGGGGAGUCGAGCCUCGACGGGUCAGACGCGACGGCUGCUAGCGUGAAUGCGAACUUGCGGGUGCAGGAGAGAGUUUCUACGACGAGUGGUAAGACUACCUACACGGGUGUCAAGUUUGGGGAAGUCGGUGUUGUCGAGUCGAACGGGUGCCAUGAGGUUUCCAUGUUGCGUGGCUCGACCAUGGCUUUGGUAUUUGCAAUAACCGUCCCCUUGUUCACUCUCAACUCAUGAGAUGCGUUAGUACGACAUUACUCAGACAUGCUUUUUGUAGGGCAGGAGAUAGA